GAGACAUUCACCAAAAAAUCGAAAUGGUGAAAGAUAUCGAAACUCUGACAGAAGAUGAAAGACGUGCACUUCGUGGAAGCAAAUUCGCCCCUCUUCCCCGCCCUUCCAACGCCCAACCCAGGUUGGCUCAUCCCGGUGGACCCUUGGCCACGAAUAAAGCAGCGGCUUUGGCCAAAUUUCUAGAGAGGAAGCUGAAGGACCCUAAUGGAUUGGCAUCUAUUAACCCUGAUCUCCUUGAACUCGCUGUCAAUAAUGCCAAACAAACUGUAUAUGCAAGUGGUACUUCUAAUCCAGAAAGAAAUGUUCGGCACGUGGACUCCUUUGGUGACUCUGAUUCUAAGGAUUCUAAUGGAGAAGAACUGAAUGAACUGUCUGCAGUAAAGGAAUGCAAGAAGAAGAGGAAGAAGAAGAAAGAAAAAAAGAAAAACAAAAAGCGAAAGAAUGUUGAGGACCCUGGAUGUGCCGUGGUGAAAAAGCCUAAACAAAAGUUUAAAUUCUGAUUUUGUUUGUACUACUAGCAGAUUUUUGGAAGUGAGGAUUGGGGCCAAAGAUUUUUUUGCCAUGGUUUCUGUCCUCGCUCAAAUUUGUUAGUUAUAUGGAAUCACACCGACGCAAUGUUGUGUUGGAGUUUUUGAUUCAAUUGACCCUUUCAGAUGCUCUACAACAUAGGAUAAUGAACUUGUUUUUAAUUUUUUUACUUAGAUUCUUUCAGGGUGUGAUGGUGGAGAAUAUCGUGCAAACUACUGCAAUUUCCAAACUCAGGAUGGUGAAGAUGGGAACAGUGACCAAAAUGCCAUUGUUCACCAACUUUUUUACCUAAAUGUCACUCGAACAGUGUUAUAUCCAAUCUGUCACGGGGGCAAGUUCGCUA